UGCCCUAGAUAAUAAUCUUGCCUUUAAUUAUUAUAAUAGUUCAAUUCACUCUAAAUUUUAAACUAAAGGAGAUAAUCGUGAUUUACUGAGCCUAAAAUUUGGUAUGCUACGUAGUUGUACGACGGAGACAACACAUGCUGAUGUGACAUACACUUAAUAAUGUUAUUAAAUGAUAUGAUAUUCUGUUCGAGUUUAAUAGUUUUGAGUGCGCCGCUCAUACCCGCGUGAGUAAAAACUAGCGUUUUUAGUUCUAUCUUCGAAUUCUUUUUGACUUGUACAUAUUAGAUAAUUUUUUUGACUCUUCGGCUGAGUGUAUCUUCGGUCACCAACGGUCAACGUCUGAGAAUAAAGGUGCAAUUAUACUAACGUUUGAGCUGAUAAUAUCGAAAAAUGCUAUGCACAUAUUACAAUAUUGUACGAUGAAAAUGAAAAAAAGAAAAAACGUUUAAUAACAUUGAUAACGUCGAUAGCGGCCAUAUGCGUGCAGUUCCGGUUGGAAUCGAAUCCCUAGAUGAGAUUACGGCGGCGAUAGACUACACGGCGAUGGAAGUUGGAAAUCAUGGCGUUUUCGAGAUACGGGAUAGAUCGGCAGCCUCAGUGAUGACGAGUGGCGAAGAGGCAGAGACAGUAGGGACGAAUAACAAUUAUUAUUAUGAAACGCAGACAACAAAAACGAACGCGGACAGUUACUUGCUAGAUGCAGGUAGACCCCAAGUCCUGCAAUCAGCUGCAGCAGUCGGAUAUUUGCACAUGGGUUUGCGAAGCGCGCAAUGCCUGUGGCGCCAGUAUCGUAAAGCCGUCACCGAACAGGAAACGUUAGCUGUUCGCGAGCAAUUCAAUCGUUUUGUCCGGUUCUGGACGUUAGUGGUCGCCGUCUCGGUGGUUGUCCUGUGGUCCACAUUCGGAUACUUCCACGAGUUGUUUUGUUUUUGCGUCGUCGCGCCACCAGCUGAAUAUGCCAAAGAUGUGAACAGGUACUUGAUKAUGGUGCCGCCGCACGUAGUGGUGACAAACAAAGGCAAAAUGUUCCGGUAUCAACCGACAGCUGAAGAACGUUUCCUAUGGGAAAGCGCAAAAAGAAUUGCAAAUUUCAAAAUUUAA